AUGCAACAGUGGUUAUUUGGCGUCGCUCAAGAUUGGAAUCAAUCAUUUGGGGCUGCGAACCAUUUUCUUGGGAUGAAUUUUGGCGAGGGUUUCGCCCGGGGAUUUGGCAUUCAAAAAGCGGAGGAGUUGGUGACUGAAUCUUCUGAAUCUUGGUUCCCGAAUUUGGGAGAAAACCUUAGGGUUUCAGUGCAAGAAGAAGUUCCCAUUGAGAAGCCAAGAAUGACAAUGUUCAAUGGGGAGAACCCUAGGAGUUGGCUUCUAAACUGUAUGAAUUACUUUUCUGCUCAUAAGGAUGAUUUUAGAAAUAAGAUGUUUUGUGAUGAUCAUGAAUCUAUGGCGAUGCAUAUUGCGAGCGAUGAUGCCAUAGUUGAUGAUGAACUUGGUGAAACUCUUGAUGUCUUUAAUUUUGUUGCAACUGGUUUAAUUGAAUCCAAUUAUAGUCAUGAUUUUGGUCUUAAUGAUACUGUUUUGGGACCCGGUGGCAAAUUGAGUGAAUUGCUGAUUGAAACUACUCCACCACGAUAUGUGAAAUCAAACAUGACUUGUGAUGUGAGUUGCACUGGAGAUUUAGAUGAAGGAACCUGUGUUGUAGUUUCCUUUUAUGACAUUUGUAGCCUUGAGGGAAAGGCUGGUUUCAAGGAGGGAGGAAUUGUGUUAUGGCAAAUAUGGGAGUAUGAAAUUUGGAAUGAGGCGGAUAAUGUCUUGAAUUGUAUGUUGAAGGAGAAGUUCAUCAAUUAUAGAAUGUUAUGCUCGAGUGGUGGCACCACUGAGUUCAGGAAAAGCAAAACUUCUGGUUUUCAAAGUCUGAUGCAGGGGCUGCAAGUAAGUGGUUGUGAGGGUAGUAUCGUAGUAAUAACCAUUGAAAAUGAUAUGAACUACAUUUGGAUAAUCGCUUGGUACACCUUAGAAGCUUUUAUUGGGAAAAGAGAAGUAGUUGUUAUGUACCUGAUGAUUGUCAUUGUCAAGGUCGAGGUUUCCAGCAUAAUUCAUCUGCAAUUCGUGAUAUUGGUCAUCUCUGGGAAUCGCUUUUUGGAUGUUUCAACAAUUUUGGAUCGGGACAAGCUAGCUGAAGUUGGUGCUGUUACAGUCAAUUGUAGUCUUUUCCGGAUUACUGAGUAUUGA